AUGCAGGGCCAAUAUUCCUGCACUGUAUGUGAGGAUACUGAUGGACCACCUACACCCCGGAAAGAGAAGAUUUUGGUGCCGGCUGCCAGGGGGGAGCAGGGAUCUGCGCUGCGGGUGAGCGAGCGGACCCGGGUCAAGCUGCGAGUGUACGGGCAGAACAUCGACAACGAGACGUGGUCCAAGAUCGCCUUCACCGAGCACCCGCCGCCUUGGGACGGGGAGCAGGACUCGCCCUCCGAGAGCUUCCACCCGUGCGGCAUCCGCACCUCCGACAUCCUGGUCCAGCCGCACAUCGAGGUGAGCCGCAGCAGCUCCGGCAUCAUCCAGAUCGUCAUCAAGCCGCUGCGCAAGACGGAGAAGAGCAAGGCGUACUACCUGUGCACGUCCGUGUCCUCCCCGCCGCCCAGCCCCGGCGGAGCCGCCCACUCGCAGCCCUGGACUGAGACCACCUGGGUGUACCAUGUCGGGGAUGACACCCGGGUGAUCGUGGUGGAGGAGAAGAAGUUCCUGCUCCCCUUCUGGCUGCAGGUCAUCUUCAUCGCGCUCCUCCUCUGCUUGUCCGGCAUGUUCAGUGGGCUUAACCUGGGCCUCAUGGCGCUGGACCCCAUGGAGCUCCGCAUCGUGCAGAACUGUGGAACCGACAAGGAGAAGAACUACGCCAAGCGCAUCGAGCCUGUCCGCCGCCAGGGUAACUACCUGCUGUGCUCCCUGCUGCUGGGCAACGUGCUGGUCAACACUACCCUGACCAUCCUGCUGGACGACAUCGCCGGCUCGGGGCUGGUGGCCGUGGUCAUUUCCACCAUCGGCAUUGUCAUCUUCGGUGAGAUCGUGCCGCAGGCCAUCUGCUCCCGCCACGGUUUGGCCGUCGGCGCCAACACCAUCUUCCUGACUAAGUUCUUCAUGAUGAUGACCUUUCCGGCCUCCUACCCCGUCAGCAAGCUGCUGGAUUGCGUGCUCGGCCAGGAGAUCGGCACCGUCUACAACCGGGAGAAACUGCUGGAGAUGCUGCGGGUCACCGACCCCUACAAUGACCUGGUCAAGGAGGAGCUGAACAUCAUCCAGGGGGCCCUGGAGCUGCGCACCAAGACGGUGGAAGACGUGAUGACCCCGCUGCGGGACUGCUUCAUGAUGGCCGGUGACGCCAUGCUGGACUUCAACUCCAUGUCCGAGAUCAUGGAGAGCGGCUACACCCGCAUCCCCAUCCACGAGGGCGACCGCUCCAACAUCGUUGACCUGCUCUUUGUCAAGGACCUGGCCUUUGUCGACCCCGACGACUGCACGCCGCUCAAGACCAUCACCAAGUUCUACAACCACCCCCUGCAUUUUGUCUUCAACGACACCAAGUUGGAUGCCAUGCUGGAAGAGUUCAAAAAAGGUAAAUCUCACUUGGCGAUUGUACAGAGGGUGAACAAUGAAGGAGAAGGGGACCCGUUUUAUGAGGUGCUCGGAAUUGUUACCCUGGAAGAUGUUAUUGAAGAAAUUAUCAAAUCUGAAAUCCUAGAUGAGACCGAUUUAUACACUGAUAACAGGACGAAAAAGAGAAUAACACACCGAGAGAGGAAGCAAGAUUUCUCCGCUUUUAAGCAAACCGAUAACGAAAUGAAGGUUAAAAUAUCACCACAGCUUCUCUUGGCUAUGCACCGUUUCUUAGCAACAGAAGUGGAUGCCUUUAGCCCAUGUCAGAUGUCUGAGAAGAUUCUUCUGAGGCUGCUUAAACAUCCCAAUGUCAUCCAGGAACUUAAAUUUGAUGAUAGGAACAAGAAGUCUCCUGAAUACUACCUCUACCAGCGCAAUAAGCCGGUGGAUUACUUUGUGCUUGUUUUACAGGGGAAAGUAGAAGUGGAAGCGGGGAAGGAAGGGAUGAAAUUUGAAGCCGGUGCCUUUUCCUACUAUGGCGUGAUGUCACUCACUGCAUCUCCAGUUCCUCUCUCCCUGUCUCGUACCUUUGUUGUCAGCAGAACAGAAUCGCUAGCUGGUUCUCCAGCGGAGAAUAAAUCACCACCUCGCCCCUGUGGAUUAAAUCAUUCGGACUCUCUAAAUAGAGGUGACCGAAUUGAUGCAGUCACACCAACGCUGGGGAGCAGUAACAACCAGCUAAAUGCGUCAUUCUUACAAGUGUACAUCCCAGAUUACUCUGUGAGAGCCGUAACAGACCUGCAGUUUGUCAAGAUCACAAGGCAGCAGUACCAAAAUGCCCUCAUGGCUUCUCGAAUGGACAAAACUCCACAAUCCUCAGACAGUGAAAACACUAAAAUUGAAAUGACUCUAACUGAGCUACAUGACGGUUUAGCCGACGAAACGGCCAUUCUGCUCAAUGAACAGAACUGUGUUUCACACAAGUCCAAUCACAGUAUGCACAAUGAAGGGCCGAUCUGAGCCAACGUCACACAGCUUGCUAAAAUUCAGGACUAUCUUCACUCCAUUCUCCAGCUUCACUCCUGGAUUGUCUGUGCGACUGAAAAGGUGUCUGGUGUGUGCACCUGCCACGUACCAUCCAGCAUUCUGAGACCAAAGAUUCUGAGCCCAGCGGUGACAGGACCCGAAGAGUUUAACACUAGAGCGUGACCGAUGUUUAGAAGAGAAAAAAAAACCGUAAUAAGUAAGAGAUCAAGAUUUCAUGUAUGAGACC